GCCACCGAGACGGUGAAAUGAACGGGAACGUGUGCGGGAGGGGGCAUCUCUUGAGCCACUGUCCUUCAUCUCUCAGGGACGGAGGGGCUUGAAGGAAUCCUGCGUGACAGGGGACUUGCAGGAGGUGUAUUUAACCCCCUCCGUGAACUCGCCGCUCCAGCCCUGGAACCUUCCGAGCCUCCUCAGUUUUGGCCUCUUGCCCACCUCCGACCCACACCGUGCCUGAGCCCCGGGCUCUGACAUUCCCUGCCAGACCCCCUCCGGAACUUUCAGUCACUUCAUUUCCUAUCUCCUCACGUGCCUGGAAGUGAAACUCCGUCUCACAACCCUCCCUGGCGAAGCACCUUGGAACCUUUUGUAUCAUUAAAGGUACUUUGUAAGCGGCAACUGUUGCCUUUAUCUGCAACACUCCGACUUGUAGUCUAAGUAAUUCUUCAGCCAGCGCUACUUUGUGCACCGAAAGAGUUAACCGGGUGCUGCCUCGAAUGUUUAAUUUGCCGAUAAACAGUAGGAUUUUAGGGAUAUUUACAGACUCGGGUAUGUUGUGCGCACACAUCAGGAUCUGGCGGCUGGGAGAAAGCUGUCAGCACUGAACGACACUGGGCGAGAGCGCUGAGCGCUGGCAGGAAGCAGCGAUCCUCUUCAAGGAGAAAUCUGCUCCAGUCACUGUCCCGGAGAGCAGCAGAGCGAAGGCAGGAACGUUUUGAUCCACAAAAGGCAGGUAGUGCCUUGACAGCCGAUUAGACAGGCACUAUCCAGUUCAUUCAGAAGAGGACGGUGAAACCAGGAAUCUCCACAAUGAAGAAAAGCUGGAGCUCACUCUGUGUAGGCAGCCUGGAGAAACACAGGGACUCCCCCGAUCAGCUGACACCAUGCCAGCCCUCCACUUUUGGCCUAGUUAAGAGACGCUCAUCUGGAACUCUGCAGCUCCCUCCACUGUCGUGGCGACAGUCCAGACUGUCUGACAGCUUUUGGACACUGAAGGAAGACUCAGGGAUGAGGAUAAGUGUCCUUGUGCAAGGAGAAACGUCACCACCGCCAACACAUGGCAGCGGCACAAGACGCAACGCCCCAAGUCUCCGCAUGGAGCCGGGGAAAUGUUCAGCCCUGCUCAGGGAAGGGGCCGGGGCAGCCAAACCUCCCAAACAUCUAUGGAGACAACCCAGGACCCACAUCAAGAUCAAACAGCGGUUCUACUCGGACACGGAGAGGUACAUGUACCAGCGAGCUCUGGAUAACCACCAACCCCUAGAGAACGGUGACAGACCCGGGCUGAAGAAGCCACGGAUGUCCUGGCCUUCUUCCUUCCACGGGCUCAGACGUUUCGAUGUGGAGAAUGGACUCACAGCGGCACGCAGCCCUCUCGACCCUCAGGCGAGUCCCAGCUCGGGGCUGGUGCUGCAGGCGAACUUUGCACAUGGCCAGCGACGGGAGUCCUUCCUGUACCGUUCCGACAGUGAUUAUGAUAUCUCCCCAAAGAAUGUGUCCCGGAACUCCUCAAUCACCAGCGAAAUGAGUAACUACUUCAAGGCUCACCCAAGACAAGCCUUGGCUUCACGAUGCUCAGAGCCUGUCCUUGCCCUGACACUGGGAAAUCAUACAGAAGACAUGAUUGUGACUCCAUUUGCUCAGGUGCUGGCCAGUUUACGGACUGUGAGGCAUAAUUUUGCCACACUGACAAAUCUACAGGAUCAAGUGAAGAGCAACUGGCGAUCGACAGGAUGCAGCCCAGGGGUCAUGCGGCCGAUCCCACUCGAAGAGAGCUCCCACAAGCUGGCCAUCGAGACACUGGAGGAACUGGACUGGUGCUUGGAUCAGCUGGAGACCCUGCACACCAGGCAUUCUGUCAGUGAAAUGGCGUCCAACAAGUUUAAGAGAAUGCUGAACCGUGAAUUAACCCAGCUAUCUGAAAUGAGCCGUUCGGGAAACCAGGUCUCUGAGUUCAUAUCCAACACAUUUUUAGACAAGCCACAUGAAAUGGAAGUGCCUAGGGGCAGAGAGAAGAAGCUGGAGACCAUGGGACAAAUCAGUGGCUUGAAACACAGCCUGAGUGUGAUCUCGUCUGCUGACGUUCCACGAUUUGGUGUGCAGUCCAACCAGGAGACUGAGCUGGCGAGGGAACUGGAACAUAUCAAUGAUUGGGGCCUGGAUAUCUUUAAGAUUGGGGAGUAUUCCAAUCACCGACCACUUACAGUUGCAAUGUACACCAUCUUCAAGUCGCGACAGCUGCUGAAGACAUUUAAGAUCCCUGUGGAAACCUUCAUCACGUACAUGCUGACUCUCGAAGACCACUACCAUCCAGAUGUGUGCUACCAUAACAAUUAUCAUGCUGCAGAUGUGACUCAGUCCACACAUGUCUUGCUUCUGUCUCCAGCACUUGAGGCAGUUUUCACCGAUCUUGAGGUAAUGGCUGCAAUUUUUGCCUCCGCAAUCCACGAUGUUGACCAUCCAGGUGUCUCCAACCAAUUCCUCAUCAAUACCAACUCCGAGUUAGCACUGAUGUACAAUGAUGCCUCAGUUUUGGAGAACCAUCACCUGGCUGUGGGCUUUAAACUGUUGCAGCAAGAGAACUGCAACAUCUUUCAGAACCUGUGCAAGAAAGAACUUCAGAACCUUCGCAAAAUGGCCAUUGACAUGGUGCUGGCAACAGACAUGACCAAGCACAUGAACCUAUUGGCAGACUUGAAGACAAUGGUGGAGACAAAGAAAGUUACGAGUUUAGGAGUCUUAUUGCUGGAUAAUUAUUCUGACCGGAUACAGGUUCUGCAGAACAUGGUGCACUGUGCCGACCUGAGCAAUCCCACCAAGCCCCUGCACCUGUACCGGACGUGGGUGGAUAAAAUCAUGAUGGAAUUCUUCCAGCAGGGGGAUCGAGAGCGGGAGCGGGGCAUGGAUAUCAGCCCAAUGUGUGACAAACAUACUGCUUCUAUUGAGAAAUCCCAGGUUGGGUUCAUUGAUUUCAUCGUACACCCUCUCUGGGAGACCUGGGCUGACUUGGUUUACCCCGACGCCAAGGAGAUAUUGGACAACCUGGAGGACAACCGCGACUGGUUCCACAGUAUGAUACCUCGCAGCCCGCCCUCGCCGGCCUCCGAGGUGGACAACAGGAUCACCGAGACGAGUGAGCUGCUGGCGGUAGCCGACAGCCUGAGCCCUCAGAGCGCCGAGCGCAGCUCGUUCGAGGACAUGUAUAGCUGCAGUCCCAUGGGCACGUCGGUCACCGAUUUCUCCGAGUCGUCCGAGAGCCGCCAGUCCACGAGCAACUCACCCUCCCAAACCAGCAAGAGCCUGGAGAGCGGGACGGGGGGCACAGAGAGAGAGAGCAGCGACCCGGAGCUGCUGGGAGAACCCAGCCGCCUCCCUGCGGAGGAGGUCCCGGCAGAGGGGGACCAGGGCAGAACCACGGCCUCCGGAGCGGAGCAGGAGGACAGUGCCGGUGUGUCAGUGGCCACAUAACACAAACUCCGCCGGGCGCACAUACCAACUCUUAUUUUCUGAUCUGAACAGAUCACCCGCUGUUUUAAACGUCAACCAGGUAGGGCUUCGGAGGCUGGACCCCUGGGGUGGGGGAGGGGAAGGGGAUAUUUUUGGGGUUCAGGGGUUUGGUCAGAGACAGCCUCUACCGUGAGCAACCGAACAAUAAAAACAGACAACGCGGCGAGUUUUCCCCCUCCGGGCGAGGAGAGGGUUAAACAAAAAGAAAGUUGCACCAAUCCUAUCGCUGGCGAGCGAGGGUUGUCCCACGGAGCCAGCGAGAGGACGAGGGCGAGCGGAAAACGCGAGCAGAAAAUCCUGUGAAACGAGCGUGGGAAGAGCGAGGGGGAGUGUUUGCACCUUUCCAUUUUCAUUGUAAAUUUGCAACAAAACAAAAUGAGAUAAAGGAGCCUCCCGCUCCGCGGUGGAACGGGGCGAAAGGGCUGCCGCUCGAACUGCAGGGUGUUAACUGGAUGGAUCGAGACGCUGAGGCAAACACCGGGCGGACUGAAGCAGAGAGAACAAGAAAUCAGAUGCCUUUUUAAUCGAAUCGUAAGCAGUUAGCAGCGAAACUGGACUUUUAUUCGGAUGCAGAAAAAAGUUUAAAAGGUUUCGUCGAUCUUUUUUUUAAAAAGCAAGUGAUCUGUAUUUUUCUUAAAUGAAUAUUUUUAGAUUUUUUUUACACAAUUUGCCUUUAUGUGAACUGUGAUCUGGACUGUGUUGACUGCUGCCCUUAGAUAUGUUGGUGCGAUUAACCGUUGGUCGGGUCUGUCCGUGUGCGUAAACCUAUCUGCGUAUAGUGUGGAUCUGUGUAUAGGUGUGUGUACGUGCCUGUGUUUAUGUGUGGACGUUAGUCGGUCUUCGUGAAAAUGUCUGUCCAUCUAUGUGUGUGUGUGUGAGAGAGAGAGAGAGAGAGAGAGUGCGUAACAGUAUCUGUGUGUGAGGUGUGUAAUAUCUGUGUGUGUGAGAGAAAGUGUGUAAGGGUAUCUGUGUGUGAAGUGUGUAACAGUAUCUGUGUGUGUGCGAGAGAUUGUGUAACAGUAUCUGUGUGUGUGAGAGGGAGUGUGUGUAAUAGUAUCAGUGUGUGAGAGAGUGUAACAGUAUCUGUGUGAGUGCGUAACAGUAUCUGUUAGAGAGAGUGUGUAACAGUAGCUGUGUAUGAGAGAGAGAGUGUGUAACAGCAUCUGUGUGUGUGUGAGAGAGAGAAUCAGUAUCUGCAUGUUGGGUGCGCGUCCUUGUCAGUGUGUGUGUGAGAGCGACGGGAAAUAUCCAGUUAAACUGUAAUUUUUGUCGGGUGCUCUCUGCUUUCGCCGUAUCAUCAAAAAUCUACCGUACUUUCUGCCCCACAGGGGUGGAAGGUAACAUUCUGUUGAACCGGAGGGGUAAGACAAGCGGGACUUGGUGAAUGGGUGUGAGGGGGG